AUGGCGUUAACCAACAACAAAGUCCCUUGCUUUAGCCUUAAACCCACCACCACAACACUCUUAAUAAACACAUCAAAAUCACUCUCCUUGUCUUCUCCUCAUCAUCAACCCCUUCCCAGUGUUUCAUUCUCUCUCUCUUACGCUGCUCCUCCCAAGCUCACGACUUCAAGAAAGGUGAUAGCAAUGGCUGUUGGAGGUUCGAGAGAUUUGGGGAUGUCGAACUUAACGGCGUUAUCGCCUUUGGAUGGACGUUACUGGGGGAAAGUUAAGGACUUGGCUUCUUCUUUGAGCGAGUUUGGUUUGAUUUACUUCAGAGUACUUGUUGAGAUUAAAUGGCUUAUUAAGCUUUCAAAAGUUCCUGAAGUCACUGAAGUACCAAGCUUUAGUGAAGAAGCUGAGAGUUAUUUGGAAGGGAAUAUUGAUGGGUUUAGUACGGAUGAUGCAUUGGAAGUUAAGAAGAUUGAGAGAGUAACGAAUCAUGAUUGUGACUCUCAUCCAGAGAUUGCUAAGGUUCUUGAGUUUUUCCAUUUUGCUUGCACGUCUGAGGACAUCAACAAUCUUUCACAUGGUUUGAUGCUUCAAGAAGCACUUAGCUCGGUCAUACUUCCAGCCAUGGAUGACCUGAUCAAAUCAAUCUCUCUGAUGGCUAAGGAGUUUGCGUAUGUUCUCAUGCUUUCGCGAACUCAUGGACAGCCAGCUUCACCUACAACUCUAGGGAAGGAGAUGGCCAUUUUUGUUGUGAGGUUAAGUGAAGAGAGAAGAUAUCUAUCAGAAACUAAGAUCAAGAGCAAAUUUGCUGGUGAUAUUGGGAACUACAACGCUCAUAUUUCAGCAUAUCCUAAUAUCGACUGGCCUCAUGUUGCAAAGGAGUUUGUUACUUCUCUCGGAUUAACCUUUAACUCAUAUGUCACUCAGAUUGAGCCUCAUGACUAUAUGGCUAGACUGUUUAAUACAAUCAGCCAGUUCAACAAUAUAUUAAUUGAUUUCGACAGAUAUAUAUGGAGGUACAUAUCUCUAGGUUACUUUAAGCAGAUAACUAAAGCUGGUGAAAUCGGAUCAUCCAAAAUGCCUCACAAAGUGAAUCCUAUUGACUUUGAGAACAGUGAAGGGAAUCUUGGGAAAGCUAACGCAGAGCUUUCUUUCCUCAGUAUGAAGCUUCCCAUUUCACGAAUGCAGCGUGACUUAACCGAUUCAACUGUCUUGAGAAACAUGGGUGGAGCUUUAGGACACUCUCUUCUUGCUUACAAGAGUGCCGUACAGGGAAUCAGGAAGCUUCAUGUUAAUGAAGGUCGGUUAAAAGAAGAUUUGGAUCAAACUUGGGAGGUCCUAGCUGAACCGAUACAAACUGUGAUGAGGAGAUAUGGUGUUCCAGAGCCAUAUGAGAAGCUGACAAGAGGAAGAGCUGGGAAUGAAGAAAGCAUAAGAGAGUUUAUCAAAGGUUUGGAUUUCCUGAAGAAGCAAAAUCUCAACUUUUGA